AGCUGUAUUUAAGGGCCCCUCUUGCACUGUGCACUGAAGUUACAGACACACGCACACACACUUGUUCUGCAGUCAACGUGUGUUCUCCAUCCGUCUCUGCGCUCCGCUCUGACACUGCAACUCUGAGUUUCAUCUGAAGUCAUGAACGCUGGGAUCUGUGUGUGUGUGCUGCUGGCUGCGCUCUCCACCAGCAAUAGCUUUGCGCUCCCCACACACUCGCAGGAAGAGGGUCAAUCCGACCGCUGCACUAUAGCAGAUCACUACCGCCACACCCGCGCAGCGCCCCCUGGUGUACAACUCAAGCUGCUGUCUGACACAUAUGAGCGCGAAGACCCCCGCAGCAGCCUCACUGAACUACUGGCCAGAAUCAUCACUGCCAAAGGUGCAUACCGCAGAAGUCCGUCACUUAACAGCAGGUCCACUUCUCACAGGAUCAAAGACAGAGACUAUCUGGGCUGGAUGGACUUUGGCCGACGGAGCGCAGAGGAGUACGAAUACGCUUCAUAAGACCCAUUUAACCAGUGACAUCAAACAACUGAUCUGUAAAGAAACAGAAUAUCACCCGUCCAGAGGUCUACUACCUUCAGUCUGAUGUAAAUUUGUUUGUAUAAUGAAGAAAAUGCGAUAUGUGUCCACCUAAACAUAUUUAUUUUGCAGAAAAAAAGGAGUGAGAACGUAGUCUUUAUCGCUUUAUUCUCCUAACUCGUGUAUAUAUAAUUUCUUUCCUCACGUUGAACCGGUGUCUAAAAAUAAAUCAUGCCUUAACUCACAUAUUUAACCUCUCAAUAGCUUUUGUAAUAUUCUGUCUUAUAAAUGUACUUUAAAUGCUUCCGAGUAGGUUGCAACACAAGCGCAAUAUAAAAUAAAACCAAAGACACCACAGUUCUUUUACUUUAAAUGGGGAAAAGAGCAACGCUCCUUGUGACGGAAGUCCCACCUUUCAGUAAAAAAGAGCCAAUCGUCAAUAGACUGGCGCUAGUCCGGUGGUGGAGCUUUAGAGAGCGCAUUAACACACACAAAUGGGUAAUGUUGUUUAUGAAGAAUUUGAGUAUUUAUGGUACAGUUGAAAGGAAAUGUGUUGUUGUAUUGUUAUUUUUUAUUUCAUGACUGAAAUAUCUGCCAGAGACGCUGCAAACACGGCCACCAAGUGCGGAGACUUUCCGCAAUGAUUCUGUUAUUCUGUAAACAUCGUGGAAAUAAAAAAACGAGUAAUAUUA